AUGUUAUCAAAUUUUUUUGGCUUUAUUUUUCUGGUUUUUAACGUUAUUGCAAAGGAAUCAACCACCUUGAAGGACUUUUACGCCAUUCAAACAAAUGAAUUGCCGAAAUCUUCGUGUCACGAAAUUUCUAAAAUUCAAAUUGAAAGCAGAUGUCUUGGAACAUGCGUAAACAGAAUGGAUAAAAUAGUAAUGAUCAGCCAUGAUGAUUCUACAGGAACCUGUAUGUGUUGCAACAAUUUCACUGGAAGUGAUAUACUUGGUCAAAAUUGGAAAUCAUAUGCCCGUCGUACAUUGCCCUGUGCUAACGGUUAUGUGAGUUACGAAGUGAUGUCAUACCAAACAUGUUUGAAGUAUUUCCCAGUACCAGUCACAUAUGAAUCAGCUAGAGCCCUUUGUCAGGCGGACGGUGCCAAUCUUAUUAAGAUUGAUUCCCAAGAAAAGUUCGACGUAUUCAAAGACUACCAUGUUCCGAUUGCCAACAAUACACUCAUACAAGUGUGGAUAGAAUCAAUAAAGGUUGAUGGUCAGUGGCAGUUUCAUGACGGUUCUCCAAUGCCAAAUGUAUGUGAUAUCAACAUGAGCGGAGGAUCGGAAGAAAUACAUGUCCGAGCCCGUGUCCAUGGUAGUACAGACCUUUACUACCAAGAUGGUUUGAACGCAGAUUUAUUUCAUUAUUCUUGCGAGUACAAUCCAUAGUCAACCAUCUACAUGACCACAAGAACACAGUUCGAUAGUUAAUCGCCCACGACUGCCAUAAGAACGACACAUUGGAAUUUAAAUGUUCCCCCAGUCAGAAAACAACGUAUCAGACCCUCUGUUUGUCUGACUCUCUUAUACGAAAAUAUUUAGCUUUUGUUGUUCAAUCAUUAAAUCGUUGUUUUGAGACAUUUUUAUCAAAUAAAAGUA